AUUUAAAACUGUCGAAUGCCAAAGUUAUGACCGGAUUUGACUGUGAUCACAGGAAAAUCAAAACGUCGCUCAAGGAAUUCACACCUGUAAGAAAUGAAAUGGCUGAUUGAAUGGGCGCGUCUUUCCAAAGGACUAUGUGGUGGCUGCAUGCUGGCGGUGAACGUUAACUUCACGGAGGCAACAUGAUACACCAUCACUGGGAGAACUGUCCCCAGCAUCAAGACUUCACCAUGCGCACCAUCCAGACUAUAGAAAACCACAUCCCUGUGCUGAGGGAGAGCAUUGUCAGGACUCCUUUCACAGGGAGAACUGUGUGCCUGUUCAAUACGAGUACAAACAGACACAAUCCCCAUCAGACUCCCCGUCACAGCCCCUAUAACAGCCAGACUCCCCGUCACAGCCCCUAUAACAGCCAGACUCCCCGUCAGACUCCCUGUCACAGCCCCUAUAAUGGCAACACUCCCAGCCGCACUCCCCUUCACAGCCCCUGCCGCAGCCAGACUCCCUGCCGCAGCCCCUAUAACAGACACACUCUCCGCUAUAGUCCUUAUAACACCCGUUCUCCCCGCCAGACUCUCUGUCACAGCAACCACCUCUCCCUAGAGCCCAGCCAGUACCCAACUCACCAGCCAUGGUUUUCUCUACCCCUGGCGAGGAGGCAGCCGGCGGAGACCUCUUCUACUGUUGUUUCUGAAGGCUGUUUCUCUUCCUCCUGCCCUGCUAGGCUCAGCACAUUAUGCAGAGCAGCAGAUGGAGAGGAGGAGAGUGAGACGGGAGAGAGAGAGCAGGCGCAUGGAAAGAGGCUGCAGGGAGGAGGGGGAGAAGGGGAGCAGGGAGGGGAGGGAGAAGAGAAGGGAGAUAUCGCACUGGCGCAGGGAGGAGGAGAGCGAGAGCAGGCGUACGUCGUCUUCGCAUCAUCAGCAGUGCUCCUCUCAUCGUCGUCACGGGAAAGCAGCAUCACAGCCUCGCAGCAGCUACGCAGACGUAGACGGAGGAGCAGCAGAGAAAAUGGCAGCUGUUUUCAAAGACAUGGCCUGAGUCUCGGCGCCAGACAGAAGUGGAGGCUGAGAUUCAGCAUCAUGGGGAACCAGGAGGGGAAGCAGAAGAAGGGGAAAGAGGGGGACGGACACGGACAGGACGCAGCAGAACAUGCCACCGGGGAGCCCCGUCACGCUGACGGCACAAACAAAGGAUUUCACCACGGCAAGAAAUCCCACGGAAAACAUGGCAAAGGAGGAGGAGACGAGAAGAAGAAUAAGAAGGAGUCUAAAUCCUCUGUGUUCUCUAUCAGGAAGAGGAAGACUAAAGGGAAGGGAUCGACAGGGGGAUCCAGGGAGGAUGUGUUGUCGUCUCAGAACGAGCUGGACUCCGCUCACUCUGCUCACACCAAAACACCAGAUCUCUCUCUGUCAGCUGACGAGCUGGGCCAAUCUGACACCGAGGGACCAGCAGAGCCUGGGGAGAGCCGGCAGCCCACGGGGGAGAGCCGGCAGCCCACGGGGGAGAGCCGGCAGCCCACGGGGGAGAGCCUGCAGCCCACGGGGGCGACCGCGGACACUGUUCCAGACCAGCAGGGGGAGGUUGAACAGAGAAAGAGGAGCAGCUCUGGUUCAGACCCGGACAUCUAUAGCUUUCACUCAGCUGCAGAACAAGAGGACCUGCUAGCCGACAUCCAGCAGGCUAUUAGACUACAGCAGGGGGUGAUUAUCUCCACCGCUGAGCUGAGUGAAGAGCUGGGUUGGGGAGGAGGGUGGAGGAAACAGAGGUCUGACGAGGUUAUAACUACCCCCAGUCCCACUGAACAAACCCCCCCACCGGAGCCUCUCUCUGCCCCAGAGGCAGCCCCCGUCACUGGCCGGGAGAAUGGCCUGCUUUCUAAACGGUCUCUGGAUGGGGAGGAGGAGAGGGGAGCUACCACUGCUACAGAGGAACUCAACUGGGAGCUGAGAGGGGCUGAAACAGAACCAGCCCUUUGUGCCUCCUCCUCUUUCUCUGGGACAAAGGAGCAGGAGGAGGAGCAGGCGGAGGAGGCAUUGAGCUGCCAGGAGGUUAACGGUAACACUCAGCCCCUCUCUCAGCCCCCCACUGCCCAGACGAACGGCCAUGUUACCAAGACAACCAGCGUUACCAGCUUCCCAGACCUCACAGCCUCCUUUGAGAGCGCUGUGGAGUCUCCCCUCAGAGAGGAGAAGGAGGUGUUGGAGGAGGUGGAGGAAGAGGAGGAGGAGGAGGAGAAUGACCUGGACAUGCCUCCCCUGUCAGCCGAGAGCCUUAGUCACAGUGAUGCGACCACGAGCCACGAGGACAUAGACCUGAGCUCUGGCAAUGCCUCCGAGGAAGAGGGGAGGGAGAGCCCUAGCCUGGCCAUGCGUCUCCUCAAGUCCACCCUGACCUCCACCCUUCCAUCCUACAACCACUCUUCCUCAGGCACCAGCCCCACAGUCAAACCCUACCCUCCCAUUUACCCUUCUUACAUCAAGACCACCACCAGGCAACUCUCUGGCUCCCCAGGCACCUCGCCCUCACGGAGCCCCUUGUUCCGCCAGCGCUGCCACGACCUGGGACAUCGCACAGAGAAGUGGAGGGUUAGACGACAGCGCUCCCACAGCAUCGCAGGUCCCCUCAGCUGGUCCGCGGACUGGACCGAGGAGCUGGACAGGGAGCGCCCCAUCAAGGCAGGAUCAGCAGACUACCUGGAGGGGUACGGAGGGUCGGAGGACAGGCUGAGGGGGGGCAGUCAGCCCCUGUGUGCCACACGGAGAUCCUCCGCCGGACACGUGUCUACCUGUAGCUUCCACGACAUCUUCACCGGUCGUACUCUCCUAGAGAAGUUGUUCCUACAACAGGAAGAUGCCCAGCCAGAGGAAGCUGAGAAGCUGUGUUCUCGGAUUCUGGCCAUGGGUCUGUUACUACCCUUCACUGACUGCUUCAGAGACACACUAGGAGGGUCCAACCCACAACCGCUGCGCCAUAUUAAAGCAGACAAGGACAUGGCGUAUAUGUCAGAGUCAGGCGUAGAGACCGAUGGGGGCUCUUCCUCCUCCUCCUCCCUGGCUCAAGCUAAUGAUGAUGUGGGGGCCUCUGAGUGUGUGGUGCUGUCUCGGGUUCCUGAGCUAGUCCGAGAGCUACUAACCAUCAACGGCCAGGGAAGAGGGGAGGAGAGGGAGAGGAGGCUGGACCUAGCAUGGCUCAAACUCAAACAGACCGUCCGCAGGAAAUGCAACCUAUUUGAGCACCUGCAGCAAGACCAGCUGUACACGUGGGCAGCGGUCAGCCAGCCCCCCACUCCAUGGAACACUUUGAGGGCCGGGCCCCCUCCCUGGGCACCUGAAGACCCUGUGGCCCCCACCCAGACCUCCAGGGUGGAGAGCCGUGGAGCCUCGUCCCUUAGCCAGGGUGGAGAGCUCGUAGCCUCGUCCCUUAGCCAGGGUGGAGAGCUCGUAGCCUCGUCCCUUAGCCAGGGUGGAGAGCUCGUAGCCUCGUCCCUUAGCCAGGGUGGAGAGCUCGUAGCCUCGUCCCUUAGCCAGGGUGGAGAGCUCGUAGCCUCGUCCCUUAGCCAGGGUGGAGAGCUCGUAGCCUCGUCCCUUAGCCAGGGUGGGGAGCCAGGGUGGGAGCUCGUAGCCUCGUCCCUUAGCCAGGGUGGGGAGCUCGUAGCCUCGUCCCUUAGCCAGGGUGGGGAGCUCGUAGCCUCGUCCCUUAGCCAGGAACACCAGGCAGCCAUCUUGGGGCUGAAGAGACAUCAGAGAGAAGAAGUCGGCCAACUUCAGGAGGAGUCAGUGCUGAAAACAGUGAAGCUGAAAGAGGAGCACGUCAAUGUGAUCCAGCAGUUAGAACAGACCAUUGAGGACCUGCGGACUAAGAUAGCUGAGCUGGAGGAACAGCACCCCUGCUGGACAGAGAUAUUAUUAGCAUUAAGGAGCCGGAGGCUAGUGUGGAGGGGGUCUGUACCGGGAGAACUGGCCCUGUCCCUACCCAUACCCUUCUCCCCCAAGGUCGCACCAGCAUUUGUCUGUACGUGCCAACAGCAGCAGAGUGGCAUUAAACCUCCCCCACCACCUCCUUUACCUGGUCACUCCAUGGCUCCUCCUCCACCACCACCUCUACCAGGGGGUGCAAUGCCCCCACCACCUCCACCACCACCUCUACCAGGGGGUGCAAUGCCCCCACCACCUCCACCACCUCCUCUACCAGGGGGUGCAAUGCCUCCACCACCUCCUCCACCUCCUCUACCAGGGGGUGCAAUGCCCCCACCACCACCUCCACCUCCUCUACCAGGGGGUGCAAUGCCCCCCACACCACCUCCACCUCCUCUACCAGGGGGUGCAAUGCCUCCACCACCUCCUCCACCUCCUCUACCAGGGGGUGCAAUGCCUCCACCUCCACCUCCUCUACCAGGGGGUGCAAUGCCCCCACCACCUCCUCCACCUCCUCUACCAGGGGGUGCAAUGCCCCCACCACCUCCUCCACCUCCUCUACCAGGGGGUGCAAUGCCCCCACCACCCCCUCCCUUACCUGGGAUGAUAGGGAUGGGCCCUCCCCCACCCCCUCCACCAUUACCUGGGAUGGGAGGACCUCCUCCUCCUCCUGGCUGUGGCCCUCCUCCACCAUGUGCCCUGGGCUCCCUGGUCCCUCCGUUGCCCAUGGGACUGUAUGCUCUAGGCAUGGCCCAGGAGAAACCUCCCCGGAAAGGAGUGGUGGAGCCCCCCAGACCCAUGAAACCUCUCUACUGGACCAGGAUACAGCUCAACUCGGCUCAACACAAAAACACGUCGCUGGUCUGGGACAAGAUACAGGAGCCUGAUGUGAACUUUGAGGAGUUCGUAGAGCUGUUCUCCAAGACUGCUGUGAAGGAGAAGAAGAAACCACUGUCAGAUACCAUCACCAAGUCUAAAGCCAAACAGGUGGUCAAAUUGCUGAACAACAAGCGUUCUCAGGCGGUGGGGAUUCUGAUGUCCAGUUUACAUCUGGACAUGAAGGACAUCCAGCAUGCAGUCUGUACUGUAGACCUGACUGUCAGACCCCUGCUGACCAGUAGCAGUCUGUACUGUAAUAGAGCACAACAGGAUGAGAUGGAGAAAAUCGAUAAGCACAUCAAGUCAUCUAAAGACAAGGACAACGCCAAACCACUGGACAAACCUGAGCAGUUCCUGUUCCAGUUACAUCAGAUCCCCAACUUCUCAGGCCGGGUGUUCUGUAUCCUGUUUCAGUCCACCUUCUCUGAAUGGCUCUCCUCUAUCCUGCGUAAAUUGGACAUCCUGCAGAGAGUGUGCACGACCUUGCAGAGUGGCCAGUGUGUGAUGCAGGUGCUGGGUCUGGUCCUGGCCUUUGGUAACUUCAUGAAUGGUGGCAACCGAACCAGAGGACAGGCUGACGGCUUUAACCUGGAUAUCCUGCCCAAGCUGAAGGAUGUGAAGAGCAGUGAUAACACACGGAGCCUGUUGUCCUACAUAGUGGCUUACUAUCUGAGGCACUUUGACGAGGUACGUUGGAUCCUCUUUUUCAGAGUCCUGUUCUAA